AUGCAGAUCCCGGGGCAGUUGGAGUCGCUAAGCAAUCCAGCAGGGGAGGUGGUCUUCUUCACGGAUGUCUUCAGGCACGGGCUUCGGUUGCCGUUGAGGCAUUCGGUGCAGAAGGUCUUGGCGGCGAUCGGUUACGCCCCCGGGCAGUUUAAUCCAAAUUUCUGGAUUACACUCCUUGGGACGAUCACGGCGUGA